UGACAUCACUCAAAUUUGUUGUCUUUCAUAGCCUCAAGCCUUCGAGACCUUGGCCGUUGAAAGUAACAAUCUUGUGUGCUUCUGUGUACAUAUACCCCUUCUGAAGUUCCAAUUUAAAAAUCUGCUAUCUCGGCACCACUUUGACACUGGGCUACCAUUAGACUACCAGAUACCAACACAACAUGUGUCAACACACCCACUCCCAUAACUAUGAUGUGCCUCAGCAGUCAAAGCCAGAGUUUGCAGGCGAUCAACCUCCAUUCCCCUGGCAUCUGCCAAUAUGCGACGCCCACUGCCAUCCAACAGAUACAAUGGCUUCGAUAACAGAUAUACCCUCUAUGCGUGCAUCAGCUUUGACCGUCAUGGCAACACGUGCCCAGGACCAGGACCUCGUUAUGGAUGUCACUAGCAACCAUUGCAACCCGGAUCUCAAAUCACUUUUGCAAGAAAACUCGGAAGCAUCGAGUACCUGUGCUAUUCCCUCCUUUGGGUGGCAUCCAUGGUUUUCCCAUCUACUCUACGACGACUCGGCCGACACUCCGACAUUCCAGCCCACCUCCGGGCCCGAGACUGACAAUGCCGCCAAACAAGCACAUUAUAACGCCGUUCUACAACCAGUGCCCUCACCAGACUUUGUUGCUUCUCUUCCUUUCCCUGUCGCAAUAAGCUCAUUUCUCAAUGCAACCGAAUCCCGUCUAUCCACUAACCCUCAUGCUCUUGUUGGCGAGAUCGGCCUUGAUAAGGCCUUUCGUCUACCUGAACCUUGGCUGCCAUCGAACCAUAUCGAGAGAGAUCCAACACUCACACCAGGGGGCCGUGAGGGCCGACAGCUCAGCCCUUAUAGGGUGAAAAUAGAGCACCAGCGUGAUGUUCUUGCCGCACAGCUUCGUCUUGCUGCAAAAACUGGCAGAGCUGUUAGUGUGCAUGGCGUACAAGCCCAUGGCAUCUUACAUGAGACGCUUGCGGCAACAUGGAAGGGCCAUGAGCGGGAGGUUAUAACACGACGCAAGCGGCGUCUUGUGGCAUCGGGUGCUGAGGACUUUUCAGACGAGGACGACGACGGUAGUGAGAAGCCGUACCCUCCUCGAAUAUGCCUACAUUCAUUCAGCGCUAGUGUUGAAGUAUUGAGGCAGUAUCUGAACCGAACGAUUCCAGCUCGUAUAUUUGUCUCGCUGUCAACAGCUGUCAACUUGAGUACUGAUGCUACCCGGAAUAAGACCGACGAUGUACUACGGGCCCUGCCUGACGACAGCAUCCUAGUGGAGAGUGAUCUUCACAUUGCCGGCGAACAAAUGGAUAGUGCAUUGGAAGACAUGUACCGGCAUGUUUGUGAGGUCAAGGGCUGGAACCUUGAUGAAGGCGUCAAAAAGAUUGCGAAAAAUUACGAAGAGUUCAUAUUCGGGUGACACACAAAAGGAGCAUGCGCGGCAGGGGAGGUAAGAAAACUUGAGAGCUUUAUCCAGAGUGACGAAAAGGCUUAGGCAAUUUAGUCCAAGUUUAGGUGAGUCUUCAUUGAAUUUAUCUAGGGACCCUCUUCUAAAGUCUCAUGUUUUCUUGCUCCCUGAGGGGUGGAUAAACACAAGGAAAAUAGAUCAAGCACAAGAGGGUAUUAUAAAGAUGCAUGUUUCAAGUUGUGGUAUUAGGUAGAUUGCUAUAGCUUCUAUUGAGCGGGAGCGUUUGCUAUUUGUAAAUACAAUUCCCAAUAUCCCACAUCUGAUGCGCAUAAAUUCAAAACAAGGAAAUCUGGUGUAUCAUAGUAAUAUACAAAGAAAAUCAUUCAUGCCUGCCC